UUUUACUGCUUUUCUUGAGAACAUGUUUCUCUUAGUUUCUGGUUUGCUGACCAAUAUCUUGAACAGGGUAGAUUCCGCUACCUACAAAGAGAUUUCACUGUUAUGGGGUCUUAAAGAUGAAAUUGACACCCUCAAGAACUCUCUCAGAAUCAUCAAUGCUUUCCUUGUGGAUGCUGAGAACAAGCAAACACAAAAUAACGGCAUCAUGGAGUGGCUGCAGCAGCUCAGGGAUCAUUUCUUCGAUGCUCGUGACAUCUUGGAUGAGAUUGAGUGUGAAGCACUCAGGAACAAGAUUGUCAAGAGCCAAGGAAGCUUCAAAAGAAAGGUAAAGCGCUUCUUCUCACUCUCUAACCCUCUUGCAUUUCGUAUUCAGAUGGCUCAUAAGAUCAAGGAAAUUAAGAAGAGAAUAGAUGAAUUGGCUUCUUUUAGGAUGAAACUCGGUCUCUCGGAGAUUCAUGCAAGUAGUAGUGAUGUUCAUGUUCCAAAGUUGGCUUGGAGGGAGACUAAAUCUUAUGUUAGGCCUUCCCAUGUGAUUGGUAGAGAUCAGGAGAAAGAGAAGAUCAUUGGUUUAUUGACGGUUCCAUCAUCAGAUUCUGGUAAUGAGAUUAUUGAUGUUAUUCCAAUUGUUGGAAUUGGAGGUUUGGGGAAGACCACAAUUGCACAACUAGUGUACAAUGAUGAUAGGGUGAUCGAGAAGUUCUUUCCACGAAUGUGGGUGUUUGUCUCUGAUGAUUUUGAUGUUAAGAGGUUGGCAUUGGAGAUUCUUAAGGCUAUGCAUGGAAUAGAUAUAGAUGCCCAUCACAAUUAUAGUUAUGAUCAGUUACAGAAUUUGCUGCAUGAGGGACUAGAUGGGAAGAAGUUUCUGCUUGUUCUUGACGACGUUUGGAAUGAAGAUUACAGGGGGUGGGAUGAACUGAGAAAUCUGUUAGUAGGAAUGCACGAUGAUGACAGAAUUGGUAGCAAGAUUAUCGUGACAACUCGUAGCGAAAAGGUUGCUUCGAUCAUGGGGAAAGCUUAUAAACAGAACCUGCUAUAUCUUCCUGAUGAAGAUUGUCUAAAGCUAUUUCUCAGGUGUGCAUUUCCGGCAGGAGAGGAAAACAAGCACCCGAGGCUUGUGGAAAUUGGGAAAGAGAUUGUUAGAAAGUGCAAAGGGUUGCCCCUGGCAGUGGUGAGUUUAGGGUGCAUGCUUCACUCAGAAAAUCGAGAAAGUGUGUGGAAGAAAACUAGAGAUAGUGAAAUUUGGAAAAUGGACCAACAAAAUGAUGGGAUUUUGGCUGCAUUGAAACUGAGCUAUAACCACUUGCCAUCUGAAUUGAAAAGGUGUUUCUCCUAUUGUUCAGUUUUUCCCAAGGGUUAUGAAUAUAGCAAUUUGGAGUUGAUAUCAUUUUGGAUGGCACAUGGACUGCUACAAACCAACGACGAAGAUGAAGAGGCAGAGGAUCUUGGAGAGUUCUUUAUUCAAGAGCUAGUUUCAAAAUCUUUCUUUGAAGGUGUUCCUGAAGAUCAAGUAGUUGUUGAUGGACUUAUUUUUGAAGAACUUAAGCAUCUAGGAAUAUCUUAUUUUAAGAUGCAUGAUCUUAUUAAUGACCUUGCUGUGUCUACUAUGCAAAAUGAAAGGGCUGCAGUAAAGUUUAAUUCAACCAAUGUGAGAGAAAAUGUGCAGCAUUUAUCAUUUUCUGAUAGUAGAGAAGGAGUACCUAAUUUUGGUAAUAAAAGGUUGAGUAAGGUCCAAACCAUUGGAUUCUGGCAUGCAAGUGAAAGUGCAAGUGCAAUCACUGAACCAUUUCUUAGAUGGGUUUUUAAGGAAUUCAGGUACCUCAGGGUGUUGAAUUUACAAUGUUCAAAUUUUCAGUUCUUGCCUGAUUGUUUCAACAAGAUGAAGCAUUUGAGGUAUCUUAAUCUGAGCUAUUGCCAAAGGAUGGAAAAACUCCCAGAUUCCAUUUGCAAGCUGCAGAACUUGGAAGUUCUUAAUCUGUGUAGAUGUGUAGCACUUAAAUACAUUCCAAAGAACUUGAGGUAUCUUGUGAGCCUCAGGAUUUUGUGGAUCACCACACAAAUGAAUGAUUUGUCUUGUAUAGGUUUUAAGACCUUCAGUUCUUUGCAAAUAUUGAUUUUGUGGAAUUGUGAAAACUUAACAUUCCUUCCACAUGAUUUGAGACACUUAACUGCUUUGAAAAGGCUUAGUAUUGAGGCUUGCCUUGAGGUGACUCAUUUUGGAGAUGAAGCUGAACAAGAAAUUGAUGACGACUAUUCCUUGAAACUUGAACAAUUCUCAAUCAACCAACUACCAGAAUUGUUAGCAUUACCUAAUUGGCUAAGAAGAUGUUCUAAGACUCUCAGAUAUCUGGGCCUUUCACAGUGUCAGAGCUUAACAGCAUUUCCAGAAUGGUUCCCAAUUCUGACAUCACUUGAAACCCUUCUAAUUGCUGAUUGUCCAAAAUUAACACUACCACAUAAUAUGGAUAAUGUUCAUAACCUUCAGAACUUGAAGAUAUUUGGAUGCCCUCAGCUAGUUGAGAGAUGCAAAAGAGAUAUAGGACCUGAUUGGUGUAAAAUAUCUCAUAUCCCAAAUAUUGAACUUGAAAGCGUUUAAGACCACUAUCUGAUAACUUGGUGCAAGCACAAUCAGAGAUUGUUGAGGUGGUAGAGCAUUUGAAGUUUGUAAUUGCUCACAUUUUCCUCCAACUUCAAUUACAGAUCUAUGUUUCCUGUAGGAGUAUGAUAUGCCUACUCAAGUAUUUCUUUUAAUAUUAUAUUUCAAUUUCUUUAUCUUUUUUGUAUUCACCG